AUGUCAGAUUCAGUUAAUUCAUCGCCGACCAAAGUAAUCAAAGAAGAAGCAGAUGGGGCCAACUCUUCAAGUAUACAUGAACCAACAACAAUAAUAAAAAAUAAUGUAUCCGAGGAUGGCAAUAAUAAAUUUUCUGGCAAUGACGAAGAUUAUGAUCAUAACACCCCAGAGCAACUUUCCAAAAUCUAUGAACAAUACCGAAAUCGAUUCAAAUUAGCUAUGGAAAAAUCAAAUCAAUUAUUUGAAUCUCAACAGAAUCACUUUAUUACAUUAUCUUAUUAUUAUCGUCGUAAUCAAAUUUACUUGUCGAUUUUGAAUGAUCUCUAUGCUGCAAACGAAGUUGAAAUUAAAUUUGAUGAAGAUCUUGGAGUAUCACGACUUGAAGAUUUAAUUGAUAAAGUUCCAAGAACCAAAAAAAUUCUAACUCCCAUAAUUAAGCUGAUUAAACAAGAUAUGAUAACGGAUAAGUGCGAUGAGCUAAGGAUCGGUAAUUACAUAAUUGAAAAGGUUCCUGAUUUAAUUAGCGAUGAUUUAACUAAAUAUCACACAAACCCACAAAGCAUUGAAAACUGGUGUCAUCGAAAUAGUCUCCCAAACUUGAUAAGUGGUAAUUAUGUUCCAAUUGUAUUGGAUAAUAAUAAUGACUACAAUGGAAUUGAGUAUAAUUUGAACUUGAAUGAGGAAGGUCAUCAAGCUAACAUUUCCUCCACGAAUAUAUAUGCGAAUCUGAGCUCGAAUACAGCUAGUAGUAGUGGUGGCGGAACAAAUGCCCAUACUAGAAAAAAACGUAAAUUGGAAUCUACAAAAAAGUAA